CUUCUAGCAUUCUGCUUUCAUUUCGUUCAGUAUUCGCAUUUUGUACGCCACAAACAUAUUUUUUAAUAUCUCAAUUAGUGUACCAAUUACUCGGUGAAUAAGUUGCUGAACUACUCAAAUCUCGCAUCAUGGCUUUAGCAAUGCAGAAAAGAAACAAUGUUCGAUUGCCCCCGGAGGUGAAUCGGGUGUUGUAUGUCCGGAACCUUCCCUACAAGAUCACAUCCGAUGAAAUGUACGACAUUUUUGGCAAAUACGGAGCCAUCCGGCAAAUUAGAGUGGGAAAUACGCCGGAAACCCGUGGAACAGCAUUUGUCGUGUACGAGGACAUAUUCGAUGCCAAAAACGCCUGCGACCACUUGUCCGGGUUCAACGUUUGCAAUCGGUAUUUGGUGGUGCUGUAUUAUCAAUCGACGAAGGCUUUCAAACGAUUGGAUGUGGACAAGAAGCAAGAGGAGCUAGAUCAGAUGAAGGCCAAGUACAACAUCAAUUCGGACGAUUUGCGAAAAUAGUUUAAUGUUAGCGGUAAUAUAUGAAAUAGAUUAUAUUUAAUCUUUUUGAUCUAUGUAUAAACUCUAUUGAAAAUAAACUAAGAUAUAAUGGUAAGUAAAAUCAUA